AUGAUUUUAUCCAAAUUUUAUCUUCUAAAAAUGAAACACCUUUACAGUUUACUUUUAGGAGGAGCUUUUUGCAGGCUUAUUCUUAUCGAGCCUUUAGCACUGCGUCAAAAAUAUGAUGAGGGCGUUGUUCCAUCAGUCAUUGCCAAUUUCGGCAACCCUUAUAUCUCAGAAGAUUUCGAAGGUUCCAUUGGAUUUUUACCUGACAGUGAAGACCCAUGCUCCAGUUUGAAUUCCAAAUAUAGUUCAAGCAUAGCAAUUUUCAUUAAUCAGGCAAACUGUGAUUACGCUUUAAUCACAUACAAUAUACAGCAGUCAGGUGCUGGAGGUGCUAUCUUUAAUAGUGCCUUAAAUGAUACUGAAAUAGCCACCAAGCUAAUCUCUCUAUCAGAUGGCUGGGAUAAAUCGAUCACAAUUUUUGCUGUGAUGAUUUCUGGCACCCAUAGUGAUUUAUGGAAAAGCUAUAAGGAUAAUCCUAUUAAGGUCCAAUUCUACUCACUCCCCCAUUUGGUGAGCUUACAAAAUAUUUUGUUUUCAUGCCGAAGUUAUUAUUUUUUUUUCUAUGAAUUUUAAUAUAAAAUCCCAAAAUUGGAAAAGCAAAAAUAAAUUUAAUUUAUAAAUUUUAGUUUUAAAAUGGCCCUAUUUAAAAUUUAAUACAGAUUUCAUGAUAUAAUUACCGCUUAUAUCAAAAUAAUUUUUAUAAAACAAUUAUAUUUAAAUAAAUUUUUCUUGCUCAAGGAGGGGUAUUUUUUACUCAAAAUUAUAAAUUUUUCCCAUGGUUUUUUGUUAGCUUAUGGAGGGGGAAUCAGUAAUCUCAGUUUCAAAUUCUCCAAACAUUGAGAUUGGUCUUACAGGAGACAAUAUUUUAGAUGCUCAAUUUAUUUCAAAAAUUUAUAAAUUUUUGGUACCUCUAAAAAUUGGUGAAGCUAACAUUCAAAUAUAUUUUGACUAUUUUUCAUGUCAAAAUUGCAAUGCAAAUGACUGCUAUGCUGAUGGUAAAUAUUGCUUAAAAGACUCCAUUAAUUCUAGCACUGGAAAAGCUAUGAUUAAUCAAACUUUGUAUGAAAUUAUUUUGCUAAAUUAUGUUCAAAGAAAUAAUAUACAUAAAAUGGCGUAUGACGUCCGACCCGUCCUCUCGUGUGAUGGUAACCCAUGUAUAUCCGGGCAUGGUUUUCAGGAGGAGUGAUAUAGCCUGCAACAUCAGGAGCCCAGAAGCGAUGGGCACGCACACAGACCCGCUGAUUUGUGGCCUGAUCCUUGGGCAGUUAAUCGCAAAUCCUUUUUCCAGCAGCGCCCUAGCCAGUGGGUACCCGAAAUGGAGCAGGGUGAUUUCCCUGCUCAGGCUGCUCUCGACGGCUUUGCCCCGAAUCAUGAAAGUGGUUGAGUUUUUACUCAGGGAUGACCUGGUAAAAGGGGAGGCAGACUAGACUCACAAUCAAGGCGGUCCCUCCGGUUAAAGGGUCCCAUUAGGUGGACGACGCCGGCCAGGGUAGGUACAGUUGGCCUCGAAGGGUGAAGGGGUUGAGUUGGAAAUGGUGGUGCCCGGCAAAUGUCUGAGGACACAAAAAGGGCAACCCACUACCGAGAAACCAGGGGUUUUCAGCCUGGGCUCAGAGUUACCAGAGGUGGAAGUCCCACCAAUUCGCUUGUGCCAGCAGGCUACUGGAAGUAGAGACUUUGAGUAUUCAGCUUUAACAUUAACAUUAACAUGCUCAAAGAAAUAACGAUUAUUGGGGAGACUUUUUGGCUUAUUUGAAUGCUAUGACAAUUAAUUGCAAAAAUGAUUAUUCAGAUGCCUGCAGCGAGUCUGUCAUACAUUGACUUAGCGCCGAUAUCAAGGAUAUUCGGACAUCUAUUGACUAUUCUUGGAGAAAAAAUCACAAUGAUGAGUUAUGGGAUAACACAGUAAUUGAUACUCAAAUGGCUGAAAAAUCUAAUAAAAAUAUAUGAUUUACGCCAUCAAUAACUGUAAACUCGAUAGCAUAUCUUGGAGACCUUUCUUAUUUCAGUCAGCUAUUUUGUGAGAGUUUUUUCCAUCAUCCUUCUUCAUGUUAUGGUUAUUGCUCAGAUAAUUGCCAACUCUCAGGAAUAAAUAAUGGAAACUGUGAAAUUAACUGUGCAAGUGAAAAAUGCUCGAAUGACGUUGAAGACUGCAAAGGUACAUCUACAUUGUGCACUGAGGCUUUAAGAAGUAAUUCCGUUUGCGAUUCAGUCUGCAAUGUGACUGAAUAUAAUUAUGAUAAUUGGUUAUGUGUUUGCAGAUGCAAUUCCACUUUAUUGGAAAACGACAUAUGCGACCCCGAGUGCAACUCAGCAAUAUGUGAAUACGACAACGGAGACUGUUCAUCAACAAUAGUGUGUCACUGUAGUGAUGAUUUGCUAUAUAAUGAUGUGUGUGACUCAGAUUGCAAUACCCCUGAAUGCAAUUUCGACAAUUAUGCUUGCAAAAAUGAGACAAGCAGCUCAGGAGAUGAUGGCCUUGCUACUUGGCAAAUAGCUUUAAUAGCAGAAAUCGCUGGAAGUUUUGUCUUCGUUUUGUAACUUUUAUUUACUCCCCCCAUUUAAUAGCGGACAAAAAAAAUCGUCCGCUAUUAAAUGGGGCAUAACUUAAAAAGUUCAAUAAUAUUUAUAUAUAUUUCUAUUUAUUUUUUUAUAAAAGGUCUGAAAAAAAAUCCCAUUUUAAAGGUCGAAAGAGAAUAAAAUGGAGUUGAAUGGAGAAAGCAGAAAGACAAAAAGACUAACAGCUGGUGAUAAGGUAGUUAUUUCACAAUACUACCUGGAUCAUCAAAAUAAAGCUCUUUCAUAUGAAGAUGUAGCCUAAAAGUUCAAUGUAUCAAAUUCAAGUGUCGGCGAAUGGGUAAAAGACAUUCAUCAAUUGAAAAGGGGAGAUCAAGGUUUAAAGAAAAGAAAGCCAGAUGCAUAUUAUUAGCUCUCAUAAUUUUUUAAUGCCUUUGCGCUUAAAUAACUCUCCCAUCUUAUUUCAUUAGAUCUAUUAAAUUUAAUUUAAAAUUUUUUAUAGAAAAAAUUUCUGUUAUUAAAAUGGUACCUAGGCUCCAUUUUUAGGGGAAAAAAAAUUGAUUUCGUCCGUUAUUAAAUGGGGGGAGUUAGAAUUAUCAGUUUUGUCGUCUACUAUAUUUUGUAUAGAAGAAAGAAGAAUGCAAGAACAAUGAGUGAUCCUGAAAUUGACUCCUUAACUAUCAAUGAAAUUCAGCAGCCUGAUGGAGCACCACCUACCCAUGAGCGGCAUAUGAUUAGACUGUCCUCAAGAAGGCAUUGGAAGAGCAAAGUUCAAGAUCCUCAGUUAGUCCAAGAGCCAUGCAUUAUAAAUAGCGAUGAGGAGGUCGUUGAAAGCAAUGAAGAAUCAGAGUUUUCGAAGACUGAAGGCAGAAUGGAAAAUAAAAUAGGAGUAAAUUCUGAUUUAAGUUAUGCGUUUUAUGGAGAUCCUGUCUGCUCGAUUUGCCUUGACAAAAUCACGAAGAAGGAUAAAGCAAUCACAAAUUGUCAUCAUAUCUUCCAUAAGAAAUGCUUAUCAGAGUGGAUAGUUAAAGCUGCCAAAGAGCCUAUUUGCCCAAAUUGCAGUAAACAUUUAUUUGAAGAUAAUUCAUUAGAUUAA